UCCUCCACCACUGCACAACUUCCGGUCACGUUCCGUGUCGGUCUUUCAACAUUUGCAGUAAAGAGUCUUCACUAAUUACUGACAAAAAUAAUUCCGUUUAGAAAUCCAGUAUAUAAGUAACUAUAUUUGAUUAGGUAAAACAGCGAACAAACUUUAUAUCCAACAUCGAACUAAGCAGGAAGCAAGUAAGUUAACCACAAUAUUGGAACGUGGCUCAAACCUCGGUGGGGUUCAACUCUUGCCAGCAAUGUAAACAUCGUAUCAGGUAUAACCAUGCUUGAUUUGCAUUUUAUAAAUGUUAAGUGAAUAUACAGCCUCAAUACAAACUUACCAAAGCGUAUGUAAACGUAUGUUUCGAUCAUAUGACACCCAACACUAAUAUCUACGUAGUGAAAUCUGCAGUGCCAUCUGGUGGCCCGACUGCGUAAUCCAUCAUGUUUAAUGCAUAUUUAGUCCCCUUUGCAUUCUGGGAAUUACAGUCCGUGUGAUGUUAAAAUUCAACUUGGUACCAAUUUAGCAACCACGAAUAUCGUAAAAAAUAUAUGUCAGGUUUGUGUGAAGUAUAUUACAACGUGUAUUAAGUGUGCAUGUCACAUUUGACAAAACAAACAAUACAUAUUAUCCUGAAUAUACCCACGUGAAAAACUACACUAACCACAACGCAUGGCGAAUUAAGCUCUCGCUCAUGGAAGACAGCAGCUGCGCUUCAGGAAAAUGGAAACGCAUGUUAGUAGAUAAACAUUAUGUUUUUGGUAGUCCAUGCGUAAUUCGCUAGUCAAGUUUAGUUUUAAUACAUUUUGCAGAAUAAUUUUGUAUCGCGAAUUAACUCAGAACUCAGACAAACGACUCAUGGUCGUUUUGAGCCAGACACCGGAUGCGGACAGUUUGUCGGCCCAUACCGGACAAGUCUCGGGGUCCCAGUCACACCCUGCUGGGCCGAUGGCUUUGAGAUAAUAAGCCAUUUAUGACCCUUGAUUGCUAAAACAUAAUGACGACAUGACUGCUUUUUCUCGAAUUCGGAUGUGAAGUGAAUAUUUGGACUGGAUAUGACCGUCUUAUCAACACCAUGGUCAGAUCAGGGGAGAUAACAUUGGACACUGUGUGCUGCUCUACCAACCAGACAAGAAACUCACUAGCAACAAAGUAGUUUGAAGUCCAUUCUUAUCUCGCUAUUCCAUCCGCCGUGGGACAAUGUCCACACAGAUGUUCACUUUUGUCACCCGGGACGACAACAGCACCGUUUAUGCAGAAGUUUCCAAAAUCCUCUUGUCUACUGGGCAGUGGAAGAGGCUGAAAAGAGACAACCCCAGAUUCAAUCUAAUGCUUGGUGAAAGGAACAGGCUUCCCUUUGGACGUUUGGGUCAUGAACCAGGACUGGUGCAGCUGGUGAAUUACUACAGGGGGGCAGACAAGCUUUGCAGGAAGGCAUCCUUGGUCAAGCUUAUAAAGACUAGCCCAGAACUCUCUGACUCCUCCAACUGGUUUCCGGAAUCUUACAUCAUCUAUCCCACCAUCCUCAACACUCCUGUGGCUCCUGCCACAAACGGCCUCAGCCAUCUGAAGAGCAAUCCCAAGACCGAUGAACGAGAAGUUUUCUUGGCUUCCUAUCACUCCAAGAAAGAAAGCGGGGAGGGGACAGUGUGGAUUGCCAAGUCCUCAGCUGGAGCUAAAGGUGCUGGUAUUGUGAUAUCGCAUGAUGCUAACCACCUGCUGGAGUACAUUGACAAUCAGGGACAAGUUCAUGUCAUUCAAAAGUACUUGGAGAAACCUCUACUUCUGGAACCUGGACAUCGUAAGUUUGACAUCAGGAGCUGGGUCCUUGUGGAUCAUCAUUACAACAUCUAUUUAUACCGAGAAGGUGUGCUGCGGACAUCCUCAGAGCCGUACAACAGCUCAGACCUCCAGGAUAUGACCAGCCACCUAACCAACCACUGCAUCCAGAAGGAGCACUCCCAGAACUACGGCCGCUAUGAGGAAGGCAACGAGAUGUUCUUCGACGAGUUCCGUCUGUACCUUCUCAACACUCACAAUGUCACCCUGGAAACCACCAUAUUACCUCAGAUCAAGCAAAUCAUCAAGAGCUGCCUGGCAUGCAUUGAACCAGCCAUCAGCACCAAACAUCUGUCCUACCAGAGUUUCCAGCUGUUUGGCUUUGACUUCAUGGUGGAUGAGAAGUUCAAAGUAUGGCUCAUUGAGAUCAACGGAGCACCAGCCUGCGCACAGAAGCUGUACCCUGAGCUGUGUCAAGGCAUCGUGGAUGUAGCCAUUUCCAGUGUCUUCACUCUAAACAAUAGUGGUGACUCCUCGUCAUCGUCGCCUUAUUCAUCCUCUCCGUCUUCCCUGUUCACCAGUAACGCUUGUUCCUCACCCAAACUGAGAGGGCCGCUUCACGUGGGCCCUUUUACUCGACUUUAAGCAUGGCAAAUCGUUCCCGUCCCUCUGCACUGCUGGGAGAGCAACAAAAAACGUCAAUUGUAACCACAAUAUUGAUUGUUACCUGGUCUUUCAUGCAUGCCUCUCUAUGAAUGAAUCCAAGGACUUACAGAGGAUGUAUAUGUCCACUUGAAACAUGGAAGAAAUUCCUCCUGUUCUUCCCAUGAUCGAUUUGUUGGAUGUCAGAAGGAUGUAGAGACGCUCCAAAUGAGACUGUAGUGCCUUACAUAUCCAGCCAUAACCCAUCAACAUUUGUCACAGUGCUGGCAACGCAACACUAGGAAGCCCACGUUUUAGCAAAUCUGGCCUUUGACCUCUCUAUGAGGACCAAGAUCCAGCUUUUUCUUGUCGUCAGUUCUCCCCAAGUCACAUUGAUGUUUUUUUUUCUCAGAGUAAAUGUUUGCAUCUUCACACAAGUCAAUGCUGCAACUGUAUCCUGUAUAUACAGUAUACACAGGUUCCUCUGUUGUUGAAAGACAUCACUAGCUCACUACUUUAAGUAGUACAGUGUUCCCCAUAUGGACUGCUACAUCUCGAUUUGGCGCUAGCUGAUCGCACAUGCUCAUAUAAACAGACAAAUGGGACUGUCGAUGUAAUCCCGCUUUUUAACACACCUCAUACGCACCUAGUCUGCCAGAGAAAAAGAUGUAGCAGGAGGGAUCAGACUUAACAACAUUGUAACAAGUAAUCAGACUCCUGGGAUACUCUUUUGGAAAAAAAAUCUAGUGACGAGACUUGGGCUCCAAAGUCUUAUUAUAUAUACAAUAGCACUCUCUAGUUUUGAGCGCUAAAUGUAUAAACGUAUGUUCAAGUUCAACACGGCAGUUUGUCUUCUAUUUCGUGGAUUUGUUAAGAUGCGGCAGCGUUUUACAUUCGCGUCUCACAUUACUGAUCGCAGAAGAAAGUAUGAAAUGUUAUUGUUUGACGAAAAGCAUUAUCAAUGAAACAAGAGACAAAAACAACAGCGGCACUGAAAUGGAAGCAUGUAUCAUUCUCAACAGGCAGCUGUUAUUUGCCCCUUCCUCAUCCCGACACGCUGAUUUUUUGGACCAACAAAGAAAGUUCAUGAGUAGUUUUAAACAUUAUGUUGUCCAUGUAUCACUCACUUUUUGUCUCUCUCCAACAGUGUCCAUUAUAAUUACAUGCAAAUGUGUCAAGGCCAAUUAUGUAAAUGAGACCGUUACAUCAUAAAGACCCCACACCAACCCAUUAUUGCCACAAAUAGAUGGCAGCCCUGUGGGAAACACUGUAGUGACUAGUACUUCUUCAUAUGGAUGUCAUACUAGAGAGGCUGGCAGAUGCUGCAUGUUACCUUGUUGAUUUCUUCAAUUGUAUCUCUCUAGAAUUCCCUUGUAGUAUAUGUUGUGUGUGAUGUUUGCUUCUCAAGUUUUAUUUUCUUGGUGUCAUAGGUCAAAGGACAGUUUAUUUAUAUUGUGUGUCUUUGUGUUUAUUGUAAAGAAUUAAGGAUAACUGACUCAAACUAAUACAUUGUGUGAUGUAUUUAAAGGGCACCUCACUCCUAAAUUCUAUGAUGAUUAUUCAUAGACGACACUGUGUCCAAGGAUCCUGUGACUGAGAAAAUACAAUUCUGUUCUUGCAUUCAGUAUUAUUCCACCCUGUUGUAGCUGAAAAGGUGGUUGAAAGGACCAUAAUGAAAGCAAAGAAAGACUUCCCAGGUCAUUGUUUUGUCCGAUUAGUUACAGUACUGGUGUAACUUCAACUUAAAGUCAAAAUAAAUAAUCUAUAUUUUUAUUGCAUUAUAGUGGGAUUCUCUCCUCAUCAAGGGGGAAGGUGCCUUGAAGGGUAUUGUGUUCAGUACUUUUGGUAUAAAUUUGCCUCGUUCAUCAUUCGUCCCAACCAAAGAAGAAAAUCCUGCUGUGUGUUCAAUGUUGAAUAGUUUCUCCGUCGCCUGAAAAUGAGCUCAUAAAUUUUACGACAUCUGGUGUGCAUUCAGGGACGUAGGUGUUUUUGUUUGCUGUGGUGUGUUCUUCAAAUUGUUGCAUGGUCGUUCCUCAUAAAACUAUUGCUGGAAUUAAAAGAAAGUUGACCAUUA